GGCUGCUCUCGCAGUACCGAACGAGCCAGGCCACCGAUCGGACGCGCAAAAUUCGAGCGCGUCGCGCAAUUUCGAAACUAACUCGCUAACUUUGAUUCGUGACUAUAUAUAGAAAUUUAGUUUGGCAAUUAUUCACUUUUAUUAAGAAAGCAGCAAUACAAAAUUGUUGAUUCGGAAACCCCUAAAAAGAAAAGAUGACGAAACACAUACUACUUGCUUGCUUCAUACUCGUUUUGGCUUCAAUAACCGUCAAUGUCAAUGCCCAAAGUCAACAAAAGAAAAGUAACCAACAAAUCGGUCAAGCGUUCGACGAAAUCGUCGUGUCGUUGGAUCUGAACGUUCGGCGCAAAUCGAAAGAGAACCGACAAGGCAAGGAUUACGUUUUGAUGAAUUUACCGUCAGGAACGACCAGUCCGCCCGGAAAAUCAACGGCUCUUGCAUCGAGGCUAGUAUUGAGCGAUGGAAGCAGCGUACAACCGGAUAAAUAUCGAAGAAAACGACGGGGUGCCGACACGGCCGAUCGGAGACUCUCGGGAAUGAGUAAAAUCAAGCAAUACUUGCUGAGAACCGACAGCGUUGAUUAUUUAGCAAAAUUAUAAGCCACGGUAAAAAAUGUAACGAGGACAACCGCACGACUCCUCACCCUCAUCUGUGAUCACACGUUUCGACUGACCUUUGGACUUCGGCUGGUAACAAAAAGUGGAAUAAAAUUUUUCUGUGUCAUAACAAUAACACA